AGAACACGUGGAAACACGUGACCUAUCUACCAUUGGUGGGGCGUGGCAUUAGACAUGGACUCUUUAUUGAAUAAUGCAGAGAAUUAUAUUCGUAUUCUCAAAAUAUGUAGAACCAGUCAGGUCUCUGGGUGGAAACAGAGUGAUCUUGAAAGAGCUAUAAAUUGGAGCAAGCUGUUUGGAAAGGCAUAUGAUAAGUUACUUUUAGCAAAACCAAAAAUACAGCUGGAAUUUAACGAUAAAUUUAAUCAAAGAUUUUUAGUAUCUACAAGGAAAUCGGGUACAGCAGAUGCUUCUUUUCAGCAGAUGUUUGGCAUUGAAACUUUAUCUCUUGAGUUUCUUGGAACUAGGAGCUAUGAUUACUUAAUAAAGGCACUUGUAGAGAAUCCAGCACUCUGUGAAGCUGAAGUUAUGAAAGUCCCUGACCUUGCAUGUCAUUACUCUGAGUUCAAAAGGUCGCUAUCUCAAAAUCUGGAAAUGCUCCAGAGCCUUAAGGAUAUAUCAUCAGCCAUCAAAGAAAGUGCUCCGCAUGUUCCCUUUCUCUUUGGUGAGAGUCUAAUUGUUGCUACUGCUUUUAUGGAAGAAUUCAGAUCAUUGAGGAAAACUUUAGCUCAUUCAAGAAGCAAUGCACAAGAUAUAGCUACAGUAAUGAAGCAGAGGUUUGACUCUAUUACUGAUGAAGGAGGAAUGGAGUCCAUUUUGAUUUGUUUAGCUUUGCAUGAUAAUGGUGAGGGCAUGCAGGGGCAUGAUUCUACAUUAACAAAAGACAUUCAUGAGGAUAUUAUUCACUGGCUAUCGGGACACUUUGAAAAGGACCUCACCUGCUCCUUUAUCAAUAAAUUCUUCUCCCUCUCGCCUCAAACUCUAGCAUACACUGCAGAUAAAUCACUAAUGUUCAAAGAGACUUACUUGAGUCAACUGAUCUUGAUUACUGACCUGAUCUCAAUAUCAAGUGCUAAUAAUGGACCCAAAGAAGAUGAAAUCAUUAGUCACUGGUUAUCAUUAACUAAUAUCAGUGUAUCUGUUCGAGAUUCCAUCAUGUGUACUGUUGAGAAGAAGGUAUCAGGAAAGAACACAGGCAGCAGUAUAUGGCAUAGACUAUUGGAUACUAUAUGCAAAAUAGCUGGUUUCCAAUGAAGUUUGUGAGUUUUUUAAAUGAUGACUUUAAAGCAAAAUUAUAAUCAUCAAUCAUCAAAAUUGAAAUUUCUAUUGUACAAAGAUUAUAGUGACAAAAAAUAAAUAAUUGCUAUUCUCUUAAUGUUGGAUUUUUACUGCAUGAAAUAAAUAAUAAUAGAGUUUAUAA